CUGAUUAUCGAUUCGCUGGGUCUGAGUGAAGGGAAAUGGCAGUCUGCAGACGGGCAUAACAUAUUUAGCCAUGUAUGUGGAACUUUGUUUUUGUAUUCGCGGAAAUAUCGGGAAGGAAAUGUAUAUUUGAACCUUUUAUUUGCAAACCACAAAUGCGACCGAGAACCGGUCAGUUCCUAUGCAAUUUCAAUAUAUUGAUAAGAUCAGAUGAGCAGGCACAGUCAGUGCAGUGAACAGACAAACAAUCUCCAUUCCAGAGCUGUCUCUCCUCAGUCGAUGAAUGUUGCACUACAGCAUGUAGGCAACAGUGCAUUGUCCUGGAGCGUUUGCAAAUGAAAAUGGAGGACGUUUCUCUGUCCCGUAUGGACAAGAGUAAGAUGGAGGAAACUGAAAGUCUUACACUUCUGGGAUGGCAUGAGGGGCUUUGCUCAAGAAAUCCUAUCUGACCUGGUGGAGGACACCUGUUUGGGUCUUUGUUUUGAGGUUCACAGGGCUGUCAAACAGGGAUAUUUUUUCCUGGAUGAUACAGACCAGGAUAGUAUGAAGGACUUUGAAAUCGUGGACCAGCCUGGAGUAGACAUUUUUGGGCAAGUGUAUAACCAGUGGAAAAACAAAGAGUGUGUGUGUCCUAACUGCAGUCGGAGCAUUGCUGCAUCUCGCUUUGCUCCUCACCUGGAGAAAUGUCUUGGUAUGGGCCGCAACAGCAGUCGCAUUGCCAACCGCAGAAUUGCCAGCGGCAACAACACAAACAAAUCAGAGAGUGAUCAAGAGGAAAUUGAUGAUGUCAACGACAAUGACUGGUCUUAUGGGGCAGAAAAGAAAGCCAAGAAGAAAAAGUCAGAUAAGAAUCCAAAUUCACCAAGAAGAUCCAAAUUAAUGAAACACAAAAAUUCUUUGCUGGACUCAAAGAGACGUGUGGAAAACCAGGACAGCUCCUGUGUGUUGCUAAGAGACCAGACAUUUUCUCAGUAAUACUGUUAGUUGUAGAAGUCACUCAGUCCCCACAGUGCCAAACGGUUGACCUUACGAUGAGAUUGUUGGAGCUGAAUUGCUGACCAAUGGGGAGAAGAUAUGGACUAAUUCUUCUGUCAUUCAUUUAACCUUAGAUCCCCACAGGCACCACCAUUGUGUCCUUGAGCAAGGCACUUAACUCCAGGCUGCUCUGGGGGGAUUGUCCCUGUAAUAAGUGCACUGUAAGUCGCUUUGGAUAAAAGCGUCUGCCAAAUGCAUAAAUGUAAAUGUAAUGCAUAAAUGUAUUAGCUUUUUUCCCCAAUGUUUACUUUUUUUUUUAUUCUGGAAUAUUUGCACAGUUGCUUAUGUCUUACUUGUGGCUUUGAGCUGGUCUGACACAAUGACAUAAGAUAGAGGAACAUGCGCAAUGCUCUCAGGGACAGAGUUAAAACUCAUAUCGGCUGCCAGAAUCAGACGAGAGUCAUAGAUCCUUGGCCAGUUGACCACUCCUUUUACAAUGAAACCGGAUUCGUACAAAGUUAUACCUGCUCAUAUAUGGCCUCCCAUUUUGGGUGGAUUUAGCAGCAAGAUUAAUUGAAAAAAAUCUGUUAUCAAAGUAAACAAUUCCCGAUCAGGUAAUUACUACACAAUUUGUUAACAUCAAAUAUUAUGGAGAAUCAUUAUUCAGUAGAGUAUUUUCUUUUCUCUUUAGUUCUGAAAGCCAAAGUGUGGUACAGUUGUACUAUAUUAUGUCUCAAGUUUUAAAGCACAUUAUUAUAAUACUACUUUUUUUUUUUCAAGGGUAAGUUAUUGGUUACAAAGUGAGCAGAGUUUGGCGUAGGUCUCCAAAAAGAAUAAAUCAAGGCGUGAGAGUAUCUUUAUCAUUGUAACUUUUUUUUUCUUCUCAAUUUCUUAUGUAUUAGAUGUUUACAGUGUAACGUGUCCUGUGCGGUAUCACCUUGUUUGUAACUAAAUAUAUUUGACUAGGUGAAAAAUGCUGCUGUCCUGACCAUGAGACAUAUGCUUAUGGGCGUGUUAUCCAAUAUAUGAUUAGAAAUCUGAACAUUCAUCAAAUGUGUUCAAUACAACAUUUAUUUCAGAAAUGUGGUUUAACGUCAUCACAUCUUGCUUUGGAUUAUGGUUUUAUCUCAAGAUAUAUUGGACAACAACUGUACCCCUUCCAAAAAUCACGUUUAUCAUAGUUUCCACCAAAAUACCAUGGUAGGUACAAUUCUAAAACUGUGGUAUCAUAGUAUCAGCCACUAUGUCAUUAUCUAUUGUUACAUCGUUAGUGAAAAUAUUUUAAAGGAGAAGUAUGGCUACCAGAUCAUAAAGUUCUUGAAUGUCAAUAACCUGAUUGGUUUGAUUAAACUUCACAUCUAUUAAGGUUUGAAGGAAAGCUUCGGUUAUAUUCAAAUGUAAGAGUUCCAAAUGCAUACACUAAUAAUGUGUUACAAUCCAGGGUAUGUAAAUUAACAAUAUAAGAAUCGUCUGCUUUGCAGUUAAUGAGUGAAUUUGAAUUAAAUUGGCCAAACCCUGCUCCAUGUUAUAUUGGAACUUCAAUCUGAAUGACGAGGAAUUUACUGAUUUGGAAUUCAAAGACACUAAACAUGUUCACAUAGGAGAACAUUUUAAUUUAACAGAAGUUUUGUGGCAAAACUUGCAUAAUUGCGUCUUUAAUUUUGACUAAUUGUGCUUUUUUAUUUCCUGAUAUAAUAAAAGAAAAUCACCUGAAUAGACAUUCACUGCCUGGCCAAAAACAUUUGUGCAUUUGUCAUGGUAAAGUUUUGACAAUCUUAUGCAAUGUCACAACAUUUAUUUUCAUCCAAAGUUCCAUUUAUUUUUGUCAGAGAACUUGUAUUGAUGACGGGAGAGUUAAACUACUCUGUUUUCUCCAACAUCCCAAAGAUUUUCAAUGGUGUUAAGGUCAGGAAUUUGUGGUGGCCAAUUAAUGUGUGAAAAUUAUUCCUCAUGCUCCCUGAACCACUUUUUCACAAUUUGAGCCUUAUGAAUCUUGGCAUUGUUAUUCUGGAAUAUGCCCCUGCUGUCA